AACUUCGCUCGUCGGCCGGCCGCCCCUCUCGGCCAGAUCAAUUCAGCGCGUGCACUAGAACUUGCUGCUGCUUGCCGCUCGCCGACCAAGGCCCGGCGAGCUUCGAUCCGUUCCAGCGGCGCGGUCUCGACGUGCCCCGUGCUGUUGUCUGAUGCGCGACGCUCUGACGAGACGGUCCUCCUCGGUUCCCCGGCUCGAGAUGAGAAGGCGUCAUGGAUCCUAGACGAGAUCAUAGGAGCGAAUGGUCCGACUGGGUGUGGGACGAGGCCCAAGCCCGCUACUGGAGGGCGAGACGGGAUGCGCAAGGCAAUAUUCAGUACCAAUUCAACUACAAUCUCGAUCAUCCUGCGCAAACGGCUCCCCGUAGCAACGUCGAUGACCUCGCCAAUUCUCUGAGCAAUGUCGACCUCGGCGGCCAGGACACCCAGUACACGCAUGAUGGCGCCUACACCUACGGCGCUCCAGUCGCCGUUGGCGGUGAUGCCUCGGCCGGCGCCGCGUACUACCCGCCUUCCGCCCAGCCGAAGGGUAAAGGAAAGGCGACCGAACCGUCCGGCAAAUCGAGGUCAAGACAUCACCAGCACAGACAGACGGGAAAGGGCAAGAGCUCCUCCUCGAGGCGGCCGCGGCCCAGGCAGGGGAGAGACUUUGAUGAAGACUACAACGACGACCCCGCAGCAAGCGACUAUGUUCAUGACCCCUUUUACAGCAUCUCGGCCGCUGCACCGAGCCCGGGUUUCGAGGAGCCGUCUGCGUCGUCCUCAGCUGCUUUUUCACCCCCCCAAGCGCAUUAUGAACCGGAAUUUGGAGACACUCCGCGCGACUCGACGUACGCGCCUGGUGUCUCGCCGAAUUCCGAGACAGGCAAUUUCUAUGGCCAAGAAAAUACAUCUCGCCAUGAUGCCGACCCCGAGUCUGUCGAAGACACAAGACGGCGCGCCUCCCAUGGAUACGCCUCGGGGGAUCCCGGAAUGGACGAGCACGAUUCUUCGUACUACCCAACCGGGAAUGCCGUCCCUGAAGCCGGCCCUAGUGAUCAGCUGGACGAUGCCAUAUCACAGGCCAAUCCCUAUAUGACCGGUGCGCUGGCGACCGAUCAUGGCUAUUCAUAUUCGACAUAUGAAGCCGACGGCGGUCGGGCGACUCCGCGGCCUUUUGUCCAACAGGCAACGGCCGAGCCAUCAGCCAGCGACUACCAAUACCAAACCAGCCCUUACGCAGGAUUACCUGCAUCGCCAGUACUUGAGAACAACAAUGGAUUCGUCGUCGAACCUUCUUCUAAGUUCCAGCCUGGCUCCGUAUUCAAGAUCGUGUGGUACGAGCCUCUUGGUUCUUCCAGCCGCAGGAGCGACGUCAUGACAAACCAAGUCCGAAUGGAGCAGAACGGCCACCAGGUCUAUCAGGGUAUCCGACGGUUCAUCGUGGUCGCCAACGACGAAGGGCAUUGCUCCUGCGUUCCCAUCUUGACAUACGAGCACAAGGCGUGCACCAAGAGGGGUGUCAAACCGCUGAAGCAUGGAAUCGUGUACCAGGUUGGAAAAAAGCCUCGAAUGGUCGAGGGUGAACCGCAGUUAGGCUUUCCUCCCAUUGCAGUGGAGCUGUACGAAAAGACCGAGAGACUGGUCAAGGAAUCCCGCGUCAACUACGCAAAGAUCACCACCGUCGAGCACAACUUCAAGGUCCUUUUCAUCGGCCGCGUGAACGACUACGACUUCGAAAAUAUCGUCGUUCCCGCGGUCGAUUACUGCUGGCAAAAGAAGCAGCGAAAAAGCCACCAGUAGACGUGGGAUUCCGACUCGAUUAUGAACGUGGAGAACCACCGCGGUCGUCGAGCGCCUCACGACAUGGACGCCUCAACGUUUUUCCUUUUGAUGCUUGGAGGGGCCUGUUUCCCGUAUCAGCUGAAAACUAGCUGAUCACGUCUGAAAUUUGUAUACGUUUGCUAAGGAGACCACGUCUUUCCUCUGCGGCCGGGCCUCAUUACUGGGUCUACUUCACGGUCCGCGAGGGCGUGGAUGUAGCAGUGCUGGGGGCAUUUUGGAGAGGGUGAUUCAGGUUUCCAUAUUUUCACGGUUGUCUCCCGCAGAUGUUGGACGGGUCCUUCUUGGAACAGUU